AUGUUGCUGGCUUCUGGAGAGGUCUCUUCUAAGCACCCUGGGGCCCCGUCCUUCCUGGGCGAAGCAGACAGCCCGGUGGGCCUCCCCCCCUCUGUUACUCCCCUCACGCCUCCACUGCCGCUGCAGCAGCAGCAGCAGCCAUGCAACUGCUGGCCAUAUGUUGCGGACCAGGCAGCACCAGGCUUGCCGGUAGCUGCCGCGGCCUGCAGGGGUGCAGGAGGCUCCCCCAUACACUCUGCUGCGGGGCCCCUCACGGGGCCCCUGCAACUCCCAGUAUCAGCAGGGGGCCCCUCUUGCUUGGGCGUUGAUGGAUCUCGUCUGACAUCAGCAGUUGCUGCUGCUACUGUGGAUGGCGCUGCAGCAGCGGGAGCAGCAUCACCUGCUGUGUGGGUCUCUGGAGGGGCCCCCUGCAGCAGGGGCCCCCCCUUACCUCCUAGCUGUCCGUCUCCUUGUGCUCCUGUUGCUUCCUAUCCCCCUUGUCAUAUCUCCUGCCUAGGCAAGCCGCUGCAGCAGCAGCCCCCUCUUCCCUGCUACCCCUCUCUGCUUAUGGGGGCCCCUGUGGGCCCCCCUGGCCAGGUGGUGCAGCACCCGCGGUCGUCGGCGCAGGGGCCCCUCCUGUCUCAGCAGCCGCCUCAGCACAGCGUGCUGUUGCAGCAGCACAUGCUGCAGCAGCAGCAGCAGCAGCAUUUGCUGCAGCAGCCAGUGCUGCAGCAGCAACUGCUGCAGCAGCCUGGGGGUAGUAGCCUCUCUCUCUGUGUACGGCCUGAAACAGCCAACAUGAUUACUGCUGCACUGCGGCGCUAUCUUGCUGCAGUUGUAUCUGAGGUGUAUAGGGAGCAGCAGCAGCAGCAGCAACAGCAACAGCAGCAGCAGCAACAGCAGCAGCACCAGCAGCAACAUCACUGCUUCUACAAGCAGCAGCAGCAGCAGCAGGUGCGGGGAAGCAGCUCAGCCUCCUCUCGCCCUGCCUAA